AUGGCGUUCAACGACAGAGUGAUUGUUCUCAUUGACGUCAGUUCGUACCAGCAACGGUUAAUGAAAAUUGCUCAUUUUCCGUCUGUUUAUAAAGUGCAACUUAUUUUCAUCCUAACUUGUAGACAAUGUUUCAGAUGGCUAGAUUACCUGCCGAUUGGAAAGGUGAUUCGAAACACGCGGUUUAUAUGCUGCAAAGUUCCUUUGAAGAAGGUCUUCUGCAAAAAUGUUUUUUAUCUGGCGUUCGCCGUCAUCCAGUAUGGAUACCAACUUGGCCUCGUCAUUGAUCUUACAUACACCGAUCGUUAUUAUUCGAAAACGGUAUAUCUGAAGUGCUCUUUAUUUAAAUUGAAUUUAUUGUUUGCCUGCCAUCGACUCGUCUCCGAAAGGCUAUUUCAGCAGCUUGUACUCGUAAUCGAAGCUUUUCAGUCGUGGUCCACGACUCGCUUCCUUCACAAAGAACGCCACUGGCUAAUCCAGUCCGCAGAUCGAUCUCAUCCUCAAAUUUUCCAUUACCAGUGA